AGUCAAGAAGAUUUUUUUAUGCGCCCUACGAGCAAAUUCUCGGCUCAUCAAUUGAUCCUUUCGAUUGUCAACCUCAAAAGCCUGAGGUGUCAAUCCAAUUCGACUCAGUUCAAUUCACGAUGGCGACAUCAAGAUCUUAUCCAACCCAGGCUCUUGAGCUCGAGACUCUCAGCCUCACUCACGAGGCUGGUGCGACGCCGAAGCAGCCAAACCCGGUUCUAUCAACAACGGGGCGUCGGCUUGGGUCGCGCAAUGACCAGGAGGACGAGCACGACAAUUUCACUGGCUCAGGCGAUGAAGCCGCACCCCCAAGGGCCACUCUUGUUGUCGAGAAGUGGAAUGAACCCAUUGGCAAUGCCUUUCGAGUCGGCGCUGUCUAUUGGAGUCUUUUCGUCUCAGGCGCCAACGACGCAGCAUACGGAGCUUUGAUCCCUUAUCUGGAGACCUACUACGAGCUCUCUUACCUCGUUGUCUCGCUCAUCUUUCUCUCACCGUUCGUCGGCUUCAUCGUCUCGGCUGCCGUCAACAACUAUCUUCACAUGAACAUCGGUCAGCGAUGGAUCGCUUUCAUGUGCGGAGGCUGCCACGCCUUGACAUAUCUUAUCUUAUCGCAGCAUCCGCCUUAUCCUGUCCUCGUCCUGGCCUAUGUCCUUGCUGGUCUGGGUAAUGGAAUUGGACUUGCUGCUUGGAACUCGUACAUUGGCAAUUUGGCGAGGUCUAAUGAGUUACUGGGUUUUAUGCAUGCCAGCUAUGGGCUUGGAGGAACUGUUAGCCCUCUUAUUGCGACUAGCAUGAUCACCCAGGCCAACCUUGGCUGGUAUGACUUUUACUAUGUGCUUCUGGGUAUGGCUGUUCUUGAGACCGCAACUCUCACCUACUCCUUCUGGCCCAAGACAGCUCAGAAGUAUCGUGAGGCUGUUCAUACUGAGGGCACUCGCAACGAAGGCACGCGAGCCGCCCUCUUCGUCAAGCCUCAUGCUCGCGUUGUUUGGCUUUGUGCCUUCUUCCUACUAGGCUAUGUUGGUACCGAAGUCGCUCUCGGCGGCUGGGUCGUGCAAUUCAUGUUGCGCGUUCGUAACGCUGACCCUUUCGAUGCCGGAAUGACCGCCGUCGGCUUUUGGCUGGGCAUCACUGUCGGUCGCCUAGUUUUGGGCAUGGUAAUUCCCAAGAUCGGUGUCAAGCUGUCUCUCAUGAUCUUCAUUCCUAUCACCAUGGGCCUGCAGCUCAUCUUCUGGCUCGUCCCGCAAUUCCACGUCUCAGCCGUGGCAGUUUCCUUGCAGGGCUUCUUCCUGGGACCCAUGUUUCCUUGUGUUAUUGUUGCACUUACAAUGCUUCUUCCGCGACAUCUCCACGUCAGCGCAAUUGGCUUCGCAGCUGCGUUUGGCGGAAGUGGUGCGGCUGUGCUGCCCUUUGCAGUUGGCGCGAUUGCGCAAGCCAAGGGAGUGCAGGUUCUUCAGCCAAUUAUUCUCGCCAUUCUGGCUGUUCUGUUCGUAAUCUGGCUUGGCCUACCUAAGAUCGAGAAGAGAAAGGAUUAACAUGGUCAGUGUUGCUGAGAGAUAUCGCGUUCGCGGGACGUUCAAGGUCAGAAAUCGGUGUCGAUUUCAUAUACAUAGGCUUAAAGGCUGAGGAAUGUUCCUAUAGACAAUAAGAUAGGUAAUCAUAUCAAGUUCCGACGCUCAUCAAAUUUAUGUGCCUGCUUUUCUUACUCAAACGAGUCACCAUAGCAAAGAUCUGUCCUCAAAAUUUGGAUAUUGGGGGCUCCAU